CCUUCGCCCAACUAAAGUAUAUCGUUACACAUCGAUACGGGCGUGUGCAAAGAAUUCCCUUUGUUGUCAUUGGAUCGUACGGAAACGGACGGAGAAAUUCUCUUUCUCUUCGUCGCGCUGGUUGAAGAAUAUGGAAUACGGGAUGGAGAGGUGAUGAAAGCGUACAAGCGUCGAUCAAGUACAAGACGAGGCCGAAAUUCUUCGAUAACAAUGGAAUCGAAGCAUCACGUGACGAUGCAACAACCCGUAUAGGCGACCGUCGGUGAUUAGUCAGCCGACUAACUCGCUUAAAGGCGUCGCUGUGAUCGAAUUAAGGUCGAACGGGAGUGGGACUUUUCUCGCCAUGAUCAAGUGGGUCGUUGCUAAAACGCUAUUGGCUGAUUAGCUUUAUCCACGUUGACGGUGUCCCUUGCGUCAUCAUAUUCGACCGGUGCUCGACCCAUUUUUUUUUUCUUUCUGGAAUCGGAUCGCAAAGGAAUUUGAUCUCGCGUGGACGGAGAUGAGUGGGAAUAACGAGAGGAAAAUUUUCGAUCUUCGUUCCUUCUUUCGAAAAGAAGGAAAGGUUAAGAAUUUCCGUAGAAAGACGAGUAAUUGCUUUAAAAACGAAUGGAAAAGAGAAUGAAUGGAUCGAAACGACAAGAGAUGAACGCCCCACCGCCGGUAUACGCAUCGUCCUGUCCCGCGUUGCAGUCAAACCUGUCGCUGCACAGUUCCUCCUAUUACAGCGAAUACAGCGGGGCGGCAAGGAGGCGAUUAUCGUCGACGGGCGAGGCGGACACCUCGGCCACGUCCAGCUACGAGGGUAGCGAUAGCUCCGAGAACAGCGACGAGUCUCGCCUCGAACCGGUUAAUCAGAUCGAGCGAGAGCAACUCGAAACGUUUUUCCGGGGCUUGAAAUCCCAGGUGUUCGUUUGCGAGUCAUUGGCCAACUUGUAUCUGGGAAACGCGUCGCAGACCGAAAGAUGGGAGCUUCGAUUCACGGGGAUUCCAGUAGUGGUGUUGGAUCUUGGAGAAACGCGAUCGAGAUCCAAGAGACGGAUCCAGAUCCUUUUGGCCGAGCGUGGCACCUGUUUCACGCUUUGGAGGGAGACGAUCGACAAUUUGUCGUCGUACAAGGUGUCGGGGCCGGCUUUCCACACGAUGUGUCUCUCGUCGGAUCACACGCGCCUCGCCGGCCUCAGUUUCGACAAUCCAAAAGCCGCGAACGAUCUUUGGCAGCACAUAGAAAGACUCGUCUCCUGCCCCGAGAACAUUAGCCUCUCGGUGCCGGGGAAAAAGAAGAAGAAACCGGUACAGAAGAAAGUGGUUUUACCGGCCAAGAGUAACAUCAGCCAGCCCUGUCAAUUUCAACACGUGACGAGCGUGGACGCCGCCGACCGAUCGCGAUAUUUCUCCCUCCAAACCCUGGUUCCGGCUUUGAACGAGCUCGAAAACUCAUUGGAGGCGAAUUUCUGAGAUAACGGGACGCUGGCCAAGAGUUCGGAUUCGUAAAACUCUGACGGUGCUCUCGUCCAUCAUCCUAUCCAUCACGUAUUGCGCGUUUAUGCUCUUCUAGGGAAAUUCAUUGUAAUACCUUCGUGGAUAAGAUUUGUCCGUAAAAAUCGGGACUCGUGGCGCGCAAAAUUGCGCCCAUUCCUUCGUGCUUCCGAGCGAAAUCAAACGAUUUGCCAAAUCCAUUGUCGCGUUACAUUUUUCGACGUAAUAACCGCUCGAUGCGACGCCCUUCCUACUCUCUUCUCUCGUCCCUUUUCUCUUUUGCUCUUGAGAGAGGAAGUAAUCGUAGUAGUUUAAAAAAAAAAAAAAGAAAAAAGAAAAAAAAAGAAAAAAAAAAAAGAUUGUAAAUCUUCUCGAGGAUCGAGAAAAUGAAAAACUUCGUUCAUUCUACAAUUUUGUUUUAUUGCUAUCGUAAUUAGUAGAUAAUGGCAUAGACAAGGAUAUUUGUUCAGGGAAACGUGCAACGGUACAAGAUCAUUAUUUCCAAAUUUCAAUGUAAUUUAACAUCGUCGUUCUUAUGUUUGGAAUCAUUAGCUACUUUCGAUCGCUACAGACACGCUAAACUGGUUAAAAUUCAUUGUUCAAUCAUCAUCAUCAUCAUUAUCAUUACUGAAAUACCGAAUUAUAUAUAGAUCAAGAAAAAUUCGAAUAAUUUCUAUAUGCGUAUUAGCGUGAGGCUUGGAGUAAAGAUACAUAAGAUUGAAAAUAUUUUUCAAACUCUAAUCGCCUCGUGACUGCUUCGAUUUCGUCACAUGUUUCGAAUCAAGAAUUGAAUAUCAUCGUCGUGUUAUGUACGCGAAAUUUUGUCACGUUUCCAAAGUGAAUUGCGUACCGCGUGAAUUCUGUCCGAAUAACGACUGCGAUAAGACUGGUUCUACCAUUUAUUAUCCUAUAAUUAGAGGAGCGAGUUUAAACGUAGGCAUUGUGACGAUAAUAAAAACGUAGAACGUUACUUUGUUAUUCGACGUUGAUCGAAUUUCUUCGAUACGCAAUUUUUUUCGACGCUUUAACUUUAUUGCUGAAUAGCAUUAACAUUCAUUAGCGUUAUUGGCAUCGAGUCGAAAUAGAAUAUGAAAGAAUUGUACGAAAAGAAAUAUGUAAUAAUGUGUAUUAUUAUGGAAUGGCGGUCGAAACUUGAUUAAAUGAUGUAUUUUCCGCUCCAAGGACGCGUCGUUGUUGUAUCGUUGUUGAAACGCGAAAUAAUUAAUAUCGUGUAAGAGAUAUCAAGAGGAUAAUCAAAUUUCGAAGAGUUUAGUUAGCGUUUUAUGGAUUUUAGCGUAGCGAUCGAUGAGAGACAAUUGUGUCAAACGGUAAUAUUCGUUUGUUCGAGAUCGUUUAAAGGUACCCACUUUCCUUUCUGAUCUCCAGACACUCGACUGUGCGUGUACGAAAUAACUUCGAUUCGACGAUACAUUGAUUUCUUUGUCUCGACUGUGAUAUAAAUAUAUUUGUAUAGUUAAGUUUCAUAAUAUGUAUCCACAUUGAUUAAUCAUUUUGAUAUGUAAGUUUACGGUCAUCAUUUCGCAUGUAAUAAUUAAUGAUAAUAAAUAAGUAAGUUUACGUAACGUAAA